UAAAGAAACCCUAAUGUCUCGCCUUGAGACCAUAACGAGAUUCUGGGUUUCUUCGUUCCCUCUGCCUCUCUCUCACUUCGAUUCCGCGCCGCUUCAUCACCGAGGUUGAAUAUUCUCCAUGAGGGGAAGGAGCUACACUCCUUCACCGCCGAGGGGUUAUGGCAGGGGGGGGGGGAGCCCUAGCCCUCGAGGACGGUAUGGGGGCCGUGGCAGAGACUUGCCUACAAGUCUUUUGGUCCGCAACCUACGCCAUGAUUGCAGGCCGGAAGAUCUCAGAAGGUCCUUUGAGCAGUUUGGUCCUCUCAAAGAUAUCUACCUGCCGAGAGAUUAUUAUUCCGGAGAACCAAGAGGGUUUGGCUUUGUCCAAUUUGUGGAUCCUGCAGAUGCUGCUGAGGCAAAACAUCACAUGGAUGGGUAUCUUCUUCUUGGCCGUGAGUUGACUGUCGUAUUUGCCGAAGAGAACAGAAAGAAGCCAACCGAAAUGAGGGCAAGGGACCGAGGAGGAAGGAGCAGAUUCCGUGAUAGAAGGCGUAGCCCCCCACGCUCACCUCGUUAUUCUCAUUCUCCACCUCCCCGGCGUGGUAGAUCUCGAUCCAGAAGCCGUGACUAUUACUCUCCUCCCCCUAGGAGGCAUCACUCAAGGUCUGUCUCGCCCCGAGAUGAGAGGCAGAGGUCGUACUCACGGUCACCAGCCCGCAAUGGCUCAAGGGGACGCAGUGGAAGUCCACCGAGAGGCAGAAGCCCGAGCCCCAGAAGAAGCGUGAGCCAGAGCCCGAGAAGAAGAAGGAGCUACACUCCAGAACAAGCCAGGAGCCGCAGCCAGAGCCCUCGAGGAGGAGGUGAAAACUACGGCAGGGGGCAGAACAUGGACCGCUCUCCUAGCCAGUGAUGAUGAUUAAUUAGCUCAGCUCACCCCUCUGUUGGUCUCAUCAAAGACAUCUUUGUAGGGUUAUAUCUUGUUUGUGUUAGACUUGGACCCAUGAAGGAUAUCUCCUGAAACAUGUUACUGUGUAAGAUUCGGAUGGUUUCAAGUUCAUGUGUUGUGUCUUUUUAUGUGGAUUUAGAUUGGUCACGAAAGGAGAAACCUUUUUUGUGAUUUU